AUGGAUAUGAACAAUGUCAACCGUCCUGCUAUCAACAUUACUCUAGUAUGGACGUUCUUCGCCCUGGCUGCGUUGGAUGUCGCAGUAAAUGCCGCCGCUGGUCCAGCCGCAGUGGCGACUGCUGCGCAUGUCAAUGGGAGCCCACUGACAGCGAGAGCGAUGCAAAUCGGCGCUCUCGCCGGAGUCACUAAAUCAGGGGUGUUGGCGUUCGUUGAAUUCGCAGGGUUCGCGGGCUUGCCAACUCCCGCGUGGAUAUUGUUAGUUCUGGUGGCAAGUGGCUUUGGGAUUUGUGUCCUGGUCACGGCGGAAGUUAGCAAUUUGGUUCUUGGAGAAACACCAAGCGCAUUGCUUAUUGCGGCUGUUGUCGCUGCUAUUCCGCUUGCAGGAGAAUGCAUUGGGCUAUAUGAAUGCUACGAUAUCUGCCCUUACAAUGUUGCUGCUGCCGCUGGGGCUGUAUAUGGUGUUAUCACCGGUUUCUUCCAUGUUAUCCUUGGGUGUAUGGCCGGAUUUACCUUCUAUGAAAGCACAAAUGGACAUUAUGAAAUACGCAAUGUCUUUGGGACUGCGCGAGGGUAUAACCCCAAUUGGAAUAGUAACUAA